AUGGUUGUACAAUACAUGCGGCGGGUUAUUGAGAAGAAGGCAAAGUUUGAUAUCAUGAAACUGAACUGUGUUCUGGUUGCACCGAAGACAUUCAUUCCUGUUUUAUUUGGACAUGCAAGUGAUGACAAAUUCAUUCAGCCACACCACUCCGAUCUCAUCUCUGAAUCCUACGCGGGUGAUAAAAAUAUCAUAAAAUUUGAUGGCGACCACAACUCUUCUCGGCCACAAUUCUUUUAUGAUUCAGUUUCCAUUUUCUUCUACAAUGUCCUCCAUCCUCCUCAAGUUUCUAUUGCUGAAAAGCUCGAGAAAUAUUAUGAUUUGGGGGAUUUGAAACUCGGUUCCGGUGUGGAUGAGAGCGUAUUAUAUGAGAUUCUCUCUAGUCUACGGUCUACACCUACUGAUGCUGCAAGUUCAUCUUCUGCAUUUCCAACAAUAUCUGAAACAAAUUCAGUUACCGAACUUCUUUCGGAAGCAGCUCCACUGGCUGAUGCAGAGCCUUUGUUUGAAGAAGAUACGAGAGACAAAAAUGAUGAAGCCGCAAAUGUGCAGGGUAAGCUAAAUGGCCAGAUUGAAGAUUGUUGCUCAUAUACAAGCUCGACUAGAGAAAGUUGGGGAAGAUGUUCUUCUUUAGGAGGCAGUGAUCAAGAAUCUUUUGCAGAUUUAAGUGCUGAUGAUAAACACUCUCAGAAAGUUAGUGAUGAGAAUCGAGAAAGAGCGUUAAAUCCUCAACAUCCCUAUAGAAAGUCACGUUUAGGGUGUGCUCGUCUUGAAGCUGAUAUGGAGAAGUUAACAGAAGCUCUAUCUGAAGAAGAGAGACAAGACCUUGGUCCCACAAACAUAUUAUUUGAGGCUCUUAAUCUCCCAAACUACUCUGGACGUGUUAGGACUUAUGGUUUUGGGGUAUGUUCUAGGGACAUAUUACCACGCCAAAAUCGCCCCACACAAAUGGAUUUUGAAAAAUUGUAUGGCUUUUGUAAUUCACUCAAAAGUAGAUUGGAGGUGCUAGAGAGAGAAAAGAUUGAGAGAGAUAAGUUGGAUAGAGAGAAGCUAGAGAGGCAAAAAACUGAAGAAGUGGAAGAAAGGCAACAACCUAAACAAGUGUCAGAGAGGUUGCAACAACCUGAAAAAGUGGCACAGAGGCAACACCUUGAACAAGUGGUAGAAAGGAAACAACCAGAAAAAGUAGCUGAGAGUCGACUACCUAGUGAUAAAGGAUUUGGUAAUUAA